GCGGAGCUUCAGUCCGGCGGGGGAAGAGUUAAUCCAGCCUGCUGGAGAUCCACAGACCACCGCUCACAGACUCUGAGACUACAGUGUUCAGUGAUCAGCGGACUGACGGCGGACUGACGGCGGACUGGGUUUAUGAUCUGAUUGUGAAGAAAAUAGUCGCAGCUAUGGGGAAAGGAUGCAUUACAGCAACCAAGUACUUCCUGUUCUUGUUUAACCUGCUGUUCUUUAUUUUUGGUGCUCUGAUCAUGGGCUUCGGACUUUGGGUUCUACUGGACAACCAGAGCUUUAUUGCAGUUCUGCAGGAAUCUUCUUCUACACUCAAGGUGGGCUCCUACAUUUUGAUUGGUGUGGGCUCUCUCUCCAUGCUCAUGGGUUUUCUAGGAUGCAUUGGGGCCAUCUAUGAGAUCCGCUGCCUGCUGGGACUGUACUUCACCUGUCUGGUGCUGAUCCUCAUUGCCCAGGUGACAGCGGCUGUGCUCAUUUACUUCCAGAGAGAUUUGCUAAAGCGUGAGAUUUCCACUGUUGUGAACAAGAUUCUUGUGGGUUAUACGGGUCAGAACAAGACAACUGAGCAUGCCUGGGAUUACCUGCAGAAAACGAUUCAGUGCUGUGGAUGGACUGGACCGUCUAACUGGACUGAGAAUGUGUGGAUAAAGAACAGCUCGCAGAUUCUGUAUCCGUGCUCCUGCAGGAACGAGUCCAUUCCUGGUUCAGAGGUUCAGGAGAGCGGGCUCUGUCAGAGUCUGGUUCCUGAGUGGCCCGUCUACACUAAGGGCUGCAUGUCCAGCGUGGAGGACUGGCUGCUGAGUAACUGUGGAGUUAUUCUGGGAGUCUGUGUGGGAGUGGCAGUGCUUGAGUUUCUGGGAAUGAUGCUGUCCAUGUGCUUAUGCAAGAGCGUCCAGCAGGAGGACUACAGCAAAGUACCCAAAUACUGAGAGAGCUGGGACCACACACACACACACAUCCAGAAUGGGCAUAUACACACCCCCAAACACACACACAAACACCGUAAGACAAACAGUUAAACCAGGCUGUACUUUAUUUUCCUGGAAUCUUACCCGGUGCAGGAGGGUUUCUUUUUUUCUUUUCAUCUAAAAUAACUGUUGCUGGGGUUCUCGACGGUCUACAAUGUAUGUUUCAUAUUGUUUGCUUUAUACAGUAUUAAUCUUUUUCUUAUUUUUUUGCUUGUUGGUUUAUAGAUUUUAAAAUGUUGUUUAAACCGUUUUCUGACUGUGAGGGAGGUUCAGUGUUACGGUGGUCCCAGGAUUUUCAGGACAUAUCAAUAACUAGAUACUGCGCCAAGUAUAGCACUUAAUAAGAGGGCUCAUGAUGAUAUUUAUGCAAACGCUCUGGCAUGUUUCCAGAGAGGGUAUUUAAGUACAGAAGAGUUAAUGUAGUUUAUCAUUAGUAUGGCUGUAAUGUAUAGAUACAGCUCUGUAAAAAAUGAAGGUCGCACUUCUGUUUCUGAAUCAGUUUCUCUGAUUUUGAUAUUUAUAGAUUUAUAUUUAAGUAAAAGUAACAUUGUUCAUUAAUUAACUAUAACUAUAAACUACAGACAACAUUUCUUCCAAAUUCCAAAUAGAAAUAUUGUCAUUCAGAGCAUUUAUUUGCAGAAAAUGAGAAAUGGCUGAAAUAACAAAAAAAAGAUGCAGAGCUUUCAGACCUCAAAUAAUGCAAAGAAAACAAGUUGAUAUUCAAAGUUUUAAGCUUAGAAAUCAAUAUUUGUUGGAAUAACCCUGGUUUUUAAUUCUCCUCCACCAGUCUUACACACUGCUUUUGGAUAACUUUAUGCUGCUUUACUCCUGGUACAAAAAUUUAAGCAGUUCAGUUUGGUGGUUUGAUGGUUUGUGAUCAUCCAUCUUCCUCUUGAUUAUAUUCCAGAGGUUUUCUAUUCAAUAAAAUCAAAGAAACUCAUCAUUUUUAAGUGCUCUCUAUUUUUUCCAGAGCUGUAUACAGUAUGUACAUUAUUUGAAGAAUGGAUAAAUAAAAAUACACACAACACAGUAUUUAAGAGUCUGAUGGGUCUUUUCUGUUACCACAAAUCAUGGAGCUAAACAUGGAGCCAAAGCUCUGAGACAGUGGAUAAUCAUUAAUCAUAGGAUUAAUCAGUGGUUCCUGACCUUCGUCCUGAAGAACCCUCUGUUCAUCCCCAUCACAGUACCCUCAAAUUAGGACGGGGGAGCUGUGAGCAGAGUAAACCCUAAAAUGUUCAGAGGGUUGGGUUCUCCCGUACCUGGGAGUGGAGAGUCAGGGAGUCUCUGACUGGUUAUUUUCCAUUAUUUUAAUGGAACUCCUUGUUGUGUGUGUUUCUGCUGGAGUAUAAACAUGAGUUUAGCCUGUGGCUUCUGUCUUUCACUUGCGUAACACUCUUGUUGAGACAUGCUUGGGUUAAUGAAUCAAGGUACAAAUCGUGGAGUUGUAGUUUAGCUCUGACUGUGACUGGGAGUUAUUUUAUAUUCAAUACUAAAACCGAAUUUUGAAAAUUAAACUGUAUCAUUUUUUAAAUAAACUUUUUUUGGAGUUUCUUCAGGUUCAACUCUGUUCAUGUUUCUCAUGUGUUCUGAUGUUGAUCAGUUUUAAUCACAGCCGAGGGUUUGUAGAAAGCACCUGGCUGCUAUUAAUGUCUUUAUUCCUGAAUAGAAUUAUUCUCAAUGAAAAAGCAAUGCCUUAUAUAGAAGAUGAACAUUUUAUAUAUAAAACCGUUAUAUAUAAAUAAUGUAAAUCAAAGUUGGUGAUAUAGCAUUAUUAUAUAUACAUGAUUGCUCUCCUUGUUUGAUUAUGACAAUGAAGAUGAAGGCUUUUUUAUUUUAAUAGAAUUUGGUUUAUUAUUAUUAUUUUUUAGAAUUGCUCCAAAAGUAUUUAUACAGCAGUAAUUAAACAGAAUUUGAUCAAG